AUUUAUAUUUUCAAAGGGAGGUAACUGGCAUGUUGUUUUUGUUCGACUCGAAGAAAAAAAAAUACUGAAGUCCAGGUGAUGCUCUAGAAAAGCACAAGAUGUUCCAGUGAUGAUCAAACGGAAGAAAGAAUUCUAGGAUAAGAUGUCACGGCACCUCACCACAGUUCUCCUCUUAUUAUCCCCAAAGAUCUGGACCACUAUGUAGAUAUGGGGGAACCUCCUCAAACUGCGACAAAAAACUGGCCUCCUGAAAACCAGGCAUUUGUAAAAGAUGCUUAUCAUGAGAACCAGCUGGCCAACCUCACAGACAGACCAACAGACCGCCAAAAUUCAAAUGGCCUUCCAACCGACCUUCACUCAGAAAUGGACUGUAGAAAUACACCGAGUUUAUUUCCGAAAACCUUUGUGAUAAAUGGACUGAAAAAAGAUUGUGAGUCAAUGCAUCCAAGAGUUGUUCAUAGUGAAGAGGAAUUUCAAGAUCAUUCAUCGUUAAGUGCAGGUCAUGAAGAAGAUAGCAAUUUGACUUUUUCGAAUGAAUGUAACUUUGAAUAUGGAACCGCGGCUGUACCUCCAGAGAAGGGCAUGAACUUAAAGGGAAGAAGUCGAAGAAAACCCCAGUAUAGUUUGUCUAAAACAGAACUGUAUAACAACAGUGUAGAAGAGGAUUCAAUGAAUACAAAAGCAGCUGUAUGUGAACGAGGAAUUAUAGAACAUACCAAUAAUCAUGUGCAUGAAAAUUUUGAUUUUCAAAUCAGAAAAUGCAUGCAAAGAAUUAAACCUGAAUAUUUUCAAGUUUCUCCAGCUGCUGAUGUUUUGUGUCAAACAGUCAGUAGUGAUGAUGGAGAACUAUCUCAGAAAAAUGAAUACCAAUGCAAAGAGUGCCAUGUUUUAUUCAAUGACUCCAAUUCACUCUUUCAGCACAUUUGCUCACACCAGCACGAUGGCACUACAGAUGAAGAAUCCAGUAAGACUGAAUUUGGAAGGCCCCUCAGUCAUUAUUGUACUUCCAACCAGCAAAAGGAUACAAGUCAUUUGAACCAAAAUGAUUUGGAUUCGAUGCAUAUAGAAUAUUUGACUGAAAGAGAUCCUCAAGUGGGGGCACUGAAAGUGGACAAUGCUGGUGAUGGAGAGGAAGCAGAGCAGAUGUCAGAGGUGGGACAGUUAAUUAAAGGUAGUCAUGAACACGAUGAAAGAAAUCCACUUUUGAUUGGACAUUUAAAAGGUAAAAGAGGAAGAAAGAAAAAGAUUCCGCCUUCUGAUGAUCCGUCGACGGUAAUUUGUUCUGUGUGUUCAAAAGCCUUCAAAACCAGAAAUAAUUUGAAAACCCACUUAUGCAAGUUUCAUAGCGACAGAAAAGAUGUGAUUCAAGAAUUUCUUGGUCAAGGGGAAAGAAUGAAAGAGAAAGCAGUAUGUGUUCUAUGUGGCAAAUUCUUCAUCUCUAAGUCUGCUCUGCUGAGACACAUGGACACCCGCCACGUUGGUGAAAAAUUUGCAAAGUGUGGUGUGUGUAGUGAGGUAUUUGAGAAUGAAAAUCUACUUUCAGAACAUGUGAGUACACAUAGUAAAGACAGGAACAAGAGAAAUCCAUCAUCCUCAGGGCGGGACCACACUGUCGUAGCCAAAGAGAAUCCUGAUAUGAUUGGCUACUGCCAAACACCUGUAGCAUCAGGUGAGCAUUUGCAGAGGGAGAGUACCUUGCACCAAGUGGACCAAAGCCAUACAAUUUCUCCACAUGAAAUCCAGAGUGAUGUAAUUCCGCCAAGCAUAAAUACUCAAGGAUCCCCUAAACGAGAGCAGAAUCAUUCCAAUCAGACAAAUCGUGACCAAUCAGACCCGUUGAUACCAGACAGAAUGUCAGUGAGCAGCGAGGACAAAGUGCAGACUUCCCACUACUUUCAAAAGGAUUUAGACAUGCUCUCUGAGAAUGGUGAGAAAUCCAAAGACUUUCAAUGCAGUGCUUGUAGGUCGUCCUUUAAUUCUUUGGAGAGAUUUGUUCUUCAUUGUAUGGGUUCCAGUGAAUGUUGGAAUAGUAGAGAAUGCCCAGUGUGCCAAAAACUGAUUAACUCGAGCCUGAAAGAACAUCUCAAAUCACACUCGGAUGACCGCCCAUACCGCUGUGAAAUUUGCCAGGCUAGCUUUAAGCGAAAUCACCAGAUGAAACUGCACAAACAGACUGUGCAUUCAGACAUCCGACUCUAUCACUGCGAACUGUGUGAUAAAUCCUUCAAACGAAGGGACAAAUUAACCUGUCACUACAGAACGCAUUCAGACGAGCACCCUUUCAUGUGCACGGAAUGCGGCAGCGUCUUCAAGUGGAAACACCACCUCAAACGGCACAAAGACAAUGUUCAUGCCGACAAAGCCACGCAAAUGAAGGCUCGGAAGUUUCCGUGUAGCGUCUGUGGCAAUUGUUUCAAAUGGCGUCAUCAUUUGAAGAGGCAUCUACGUAAUGUUCAUCACCUGACUGACGAUUCUCUAGAUUUCGACGAAAUUAAGCUGUCCAUGGACUCCGACUUCCUGGGGAAUGACAGUCCCUCGGAUGUGAUGAGUGCUGGUAAUGAUUUCAAUAUGGAAAUGGAAUUUGAAAAUGAUAAUCUUAUGUAAGGCUAGCUGUUUAGGGGAAUAUGAACAAAUGAGAAUGUGUGUUUGUUUUUAAAGGGAUUAAUAUACUGAGAGAAGGGGCUGGGUGGGUGUGUGGGGGGGGGGGGGGGGAGUUCAAGGGGAAACAAAUAAGAAAAGGAUAGUGAUUGAUAGUAAUUAGAGGAUUGUUGUUGGAAGGGCUGUAUUGUGACACUUUUAGGUAAAGGAAAAUAAUUGGAUAAUGAUUUGAUGGAAAGAUGGGAAUUUUUUCUGUAUGUUAUAUAACAUCUUAUGGACAAUCUGGGAAAUAAAAUGAUAUGGACAAUAAGAGAAAUAGGAAAAUGAUACUGAAAACAAGGGAAACAAGGGGAUGAUACUGGCAAUAAGGGAAAGACAAUCAUACUGACAAUAAGGGAAAUAGGAAAAUAAUACUGACAACAAGGGAAAUAGGAAAAUAAUACUGACAACAAGGGAAAUAGGAAAAUAAUACUGACAACAAGGGAAAUAGGAAAAUGAUACUGACAACAAGGGAAAUAGGGAAUAAUAUUGACAAUAAAGGAAAUUGAAUAAUACUGACAAUAAGGGAAAUAGGAAAAUAAUACUGACAACAAGGGAAAUAGGAAAAUAAUACUGACAACAAGGGAAAUAGGAAAAUAAUACUGACAACAAGGGAAAUAGGGAAUAAUAUUGACAAUAAAGGAAAUUAAAUAAAACUGGUAAUAAGAGAAAUAGGAGAAUAAUACUGACAAUAAGGGAAAUAGGGAAUAAUAUUGACAAUAAAGGAAAUUGGAAAUUAAUACAGGCAAUAAAGGAAAAAAAUAAUUCUGACAAUAAGGGAAAUAGAAUAAUACUGACAAUAAGGGAAAUAGAAUAAUUCUGGCAAUAAGGGAAAUAGAAUAAUUCUGGCAAUAAGGGAAACAGGGGGUGAUACUGACAAUUUUAUGGAUGAUUAAAUGAUAGAGUAAGGGAAAUGGAUAAAUAUACAGUACUAUUUUAAGGGGAUGUGUAAUAAAAGGAGAGUUUGAGGGAUGGGACAAUAGGGGAAACAGUAAAACAAUGUGAGUAAAAGAUUGCUGACUGAGAGUUCUUGAUAUUAGUAGC